AUGUCCCUUGAGAGUGCUCGGCCAGGGUCUAAGUCAGUUGUAACACUGUCUGAUUUCUGCAAUCGAUACAGGAUCAGCAAAGACGUGAGAGUAUCUAUUGGGGUACACAAUGAAGGUGUCUUUACUAUUGACGAAAAUGCCUUUAUAGGUAUUCGGCAAACUAUGGACAAUCUUAGACAGAAGCGACAACGAGAUGAAGAGUGGCUGAUGGCGGGAAAGAAGUUACGUCUAUCUCAAGAGUCUCUAGAAGGUAAUACGCUCGAUGCAAGACAAGAUUACGACGAAAAUGGUUCAGGAUUACUGCCUAGUGACCUGGCUACAAACUAUACAUAUCAUCACUCUGGUUAUGAGGAUAUUUUGGCGUCUGAAGAUACUUUGUUGCCGCGAUACAGAACAGAGCUUCCGUUUCAAGCACUUUCAUCUGCCGGACUACCGUCAGGGCCCCCACCAGGACUUCCAGUAAGGCCUGCAAUACUAAGCUCAGAGGAUUGCCAUGAAAGAAACAGCAGCCCUCCGCCUAAUCGUUGA